AUGAAGGACCUUAAAGGCUCAACAUUGCCGGUAUUUUUUGGUGGACCAGAACCGGCACUAAUUGUCUCAAAAUCAAAAAAUGGUGAUACAGUUAUUGGUGGUUUUGUGGGACACAUUUUCAAAUACUUUGCUAAGAAACACAAUGCCAAGUUGAACACAUCUCAUAUCGACACUUUAUUUUCGAUCAACGAAAUGAAUACACUUGUAUUAAAUGGAACAAUUGAGAUAUUAGGGUCUCAGCUGGCAGUAUUACAAGAAAAAAUUGAUUGGUCUUCACUUUCAUAUCCAUAUAUUCUGAUGGAUUGGGAUGCUUUGGCCAAGAAACACAACAUCACUUUGCUUCGAUCUACAAUUGACUUCAAGCACUCUCCCGACGAACUAAUUGAAUUGGUCAGAAAUGACAGUGUGGAUAUAUCAGCUGCAAUUGUAUAUCCUGACAUUCCCCCGGAUGGGUGGACCUAUCCAUUGGAAUACAUAAAUUGGUGUUUGUUGCUUCCAAUCGAACCAAGUAUCCCCCGAUAUGAUAUCUUCUUGGUAGUUUUUCGCCUUGAAACCGUUAUCGCCACAAUUGUUUUUGUUGUUCUUUUAUCAAUUCUUCUUGAAGUAUCAAAAUUGCGAGCAGGAAAGCAAACCAAUCUUAUAGGAUUCAUUGUGAAUGAUAAUUGUUUGAGAGGUGCAUUGGGGCAGUCUUUUACUGAAGUCCGAAAUGCUCCUCUCAGAAUCAGAUUCAUCUACCUGCAGAUUUGUCUCCUUGGAAUCAUCAUAACCACCUCAUACAAUUCAUAUCUCCAAACCUAUGUGACAAGUCCUCCAACAAUUGCAAAAAUAAAUACCUUUGAUGAUCUUCUCAAAUCAGGUAUCAAAAUCUAUAGUUAUCGGACUGAAUUUGAAGAUCUGAUAAAAUCCGAUCAACGUUUUGCUCACGAAUGGUUUGAAAUGUUCAUGUUUGAAGAAAAUUUCGCUCGUUACGUUAUAUUUCGCGAUAAAAUGGAUACAAAAUUUGCCUACACAGUAAAUCAAAUCAAAUGGAUAACAAUACAAGAACAGCAGAAAAUUUUCACCAAACCACUAUUUCGUCAACCAAAGGGAAUGUGUUUCUUUGAUUUCUUUCCAGUUAAUUUUCCCAUUGAUGAGAAUUCGAUUUUUAUGGAUGUUAUUAAUUUUUUGAUAUUGGAAAUUCAAUCAUCAGGAUUGCAAAAACAUUGGCAAAAAUGGUCUUUUCAUGAAUUGAUUGAUUCGGGAAGAAUUAAACUUGAAGAUUUGUCGGGGAAGAAGGUGGAUUUUGUACCAAUGAAGGCGGAUCAUUUGAGACUUAUUUGGAUUGCCAGGCCUAUUACUUUGGUUGGUGUAAUUGGUUUGACCGAAGGCGAUGGAGGUCUUAUCGUUUGUAGUAGCUACGGCAGAAAUACAAUUUCCCGGAUUGUGUGCCAUUGCAGAAAUUGA